AUGAGUUAUCAGCAAGGUACGGUCCCGUGUGUUCCACCGACAUUCAACAUUUUUGGGAAACAUGAGGAUGAUCUCAUGUGCUUCCUUCAGGCGAAGCACAUGUGGACUUGCAAUUCUGCCCACGAAUAUGCCGCUAUCGCAAGUCCGAACGCUCGAAUCCCGGCUACAACCGAUGCUUCAUCUGUCUCAAUGAAAACGCAACCGGUAGAUGCUUAA